UAUCCACCGGGAGCCACCAGCAUCUCCUUUCUUCCCAUUAUUCUGUCUCCCCUGCAUUCCUCCGUCUCUGUGACUGAGACAUUUUCCAUUUCUACACAGCAGCCUCCCUCCCCAGAUAGCUCUUUGUAGUUCUGCCUUUCAUUUCCAGCUUCCACCCCCCCUGGAUCCUGAGCCCCCUCUUCCCUCCCAUCAACACAGUAGCACGCUCUUUGCUCUCCUCUCACUUUUCCACCCCAUCCACUCCUGGUCGGUGUCUCUCUUCCAGAUUCUUUUUGGGGUUUGGCAAGCUGUGGAUUCGUUCUACACCCUUUCUCCAGUUCAUUUAUUUAUACCCCCUUCUAUUCUUGAAUCCAGUAGUAAGACACCAUCAAACAAUGCCUUGCUUUCCAGAGGAGAGGCUGUGCAGAGCGUGGAAAUAAGAAUGGCGGCUCCUGAUUUACUGGAUCCUAAAUCAGCAACUCAGAACAACAAGCCAAGGCUCUCCUUUUCUGCCAAAUCCACCGUUUUGUCCGCUCGAGAAGAGAGGGGCAUAACACUGAAUGUGAUGAAAUGGAAAACUGUGUCCACCGUAUUUCUCCUGGUGGUUGUAUACCUAAUCAUAGGAGCUACAGUCUUCAAAGCCCUGGAGCAGCCGAACGAGACCUCACAGAGGACUACCAUUGUGAUACAGAAACAUAAUUUUGUCUCUGAACAUUCUUGUGUCAAUGCAACAGAACUGGAUGAACUUAUACAGCACGUAAUGGCUGCCAUUAAUGCGGGAAUAAUACCUCUGGGAAACGGCUCCAGCCAGAACAGCCACUGGGACUUGGGGAGCUCGUUCUUCUUUGCUGGAACUGUUAUAACUACAAUAGGAUUUGGAAACAUCUCACCACAAACAAAGGGUGGGAAAAUUUUCUGCAUUAUCUAUGCCCUUCUGGGAAUUCCCCUUUUCGGGUUCUUAUUGGCCGGGGUUGGAGAUCAGUUGGGAACAAUAUUUGGAAAAGGGAUAGCCCGAGUGGAAGAUAUAUUCGUAAUAAGUAUAUUAAAAUGGAAUGUAAGUCAGACAAAAAUUCGCAUCAUCUCAACUGUCAUAUUCAUUUUAUUUGGAUGUGUACUGUUCGUCGCCAUUCCAGCUGUAAUUUUUCAGCAUAUCGAGAACUGGCAUACCCUCGAUGCCUUCUAUUUUGUGGUCAUCACUUUAACAACAAUUGGAUUCGGAGACUACGUCGCAGGUGGUUCAGAUAUUGAGUAUCUCGACUUCUAUAAGCCAGUGGUGUGGUUUUGGAUUUUGGUGGGUCUCGCAUAUUUUGCUGCUGUUCUUAGUAUGAUCGGGGACUGGCUGAGGGUGCUGUCCAAGAAGACCAAGGAAGAGGUCGGGGAAUUCAGGGCGCAUGCUGCUGAAUGGACAGCCAACGUCACAGCUGAGUUCAAAGAGACCCGAAGACGCUUGAGUGUGGAGAUCUACGACAAGUUCCAACGGGCUACCUCCGUUAAACGCAAACUAUCAGCGGAGCUGGGAAUGAGCCCAAGCCAGGAGAUGACCCCAUGCAAGAGAACCUUGUCCGUGAACCACCUGACCAGCGAUAAAGAGACCAUGUCAUCUAUGAGCAGAUGCGACAGUAUCUACCUGAAUGGCCUGACUCCACACUGUGCUGCUGAGGAGAUCGCCGUGAUUGAAAACUUUAAGUAGCACCCUGCACCAACUCCACCUACAAAUGCUACAUUCGCCAUAGAUAAGACUACCAGCAUUUCUGCAUGAGCUCGGAAACAACGUAGACAGAAAAUAUACUGUUAAACAAAUAGUUCAUAAUGGCUACUACGUUCGGCAACGUCUAAUGCCUUUCUAUGCCCAGACUAUUUUUUUUUUCUGAUGUGCCAUAAAACUUGCAACAUUACAGAAAUAUAAUCUUCAUAAUUUUGGUAAAGCUGUUAAUGUUUGAGAUCGGCCUGGCAAAGGAAUGAAUUGUUUUAUGGACUACAUUUUUGUAACUGGAAAAAUCAUUAAGAUACUGUACAGCCUUUAACCUAAGAAACUUCAUAUCAGUGCCUUACAACGUAUAGAAACACAACCUC